GUUUGAAAUAAAACGCUGAUGACAAAAGUUCUUUAAAAUGUUGAAAAUAGUGAUUUUAAGUUUUUGCCUUUUAAGUGUUGUAAGUACUUCAGAACUGGCUGAAAAUGGAUCCGCAUCUACUGCUGUUGAGAAUUUUGAGGAAGCCUCAGUUAAUAUUAAUAAUGGACCCGACUCCAAUAUAAUAGACAACUUAUCGGAACACAACUCCAAUGUUUUAAGUGUUUCAACUGAUGAUACGAUUAAUGGACCCGUCUCUAAUAUGAUGGAAAAUUUAUCCCAACAUACAUCCAGUGUAACCAGUGAACUUUUAUCACAAUUAUCUGCCAAAAUGCAACGUACUACCAAAACUUUAGUGGGCAAUAUUGAAGUAGUCGUUAGCUCUGCCCUUAAACAACUUUCACAACCUAUAGAGCAUUUUGAGAAUACCAUAAAUGCCUCACAAUGUCAACCCUUAGUGACAUUGGAUGAAUUACAAAAACGCAUCAAUAGCGAUCUUAACGAGUGUACACAAAAUCUAAGCGACCUCUUAACUACAUUCCAAAAUGAUGCCAGUGAUUUUGAAAGUCUUUUAGAGCAAAAUAUUAAGAACAUAAUUGCCUUACCCCAACAAUGUGAAAGUGUUGAUAGUGGCAGCGGUUUUGGCAGUCAUGUUAGCUGUUAUGUGGAUAAAAUUUCCGAGAUUAAUAAACAAAUUGCCGCUAUUUUAAAUACUGCAAGUAUGACUUUAGUCCAUACCCGCCAAUUGGCCGAACAGGCUGUUAAAGAAGGACGCAGUUGUGCCGAUAAUGUGGUCGCUACCACUGUGGAUUCUUUGGACAAAAUGUUGGCUUCAUGUCAAUUAAGCGUGAAUUAAACGUAUUUUAUUGUUGUGAAAUACAUAUUUCAUUAUAAAGAGUUUAAAAAGAA